GCAACAGUUUCUGCGGGGUUUAUUACUUGAAUGCAACUUUAGUACGUCGGUGUAUUUUGUCCGUGUACUCGACGGUACUUUUUGUUUACAAAAUGGCAGACUUCAGAACUUCUACCCUCGAUUACUUUCCAGAGAACAUUUUAAUUGAUAUUUUAUCAUAUUUAGGUGUGCGAGAGCUCAUCCGAACUGGAAGGGUGUGUAAGAGAUGGAGACGCCUUGUAAAAGACCAAAGACUAUGGCGAGUUGUUGAUCUAACUGCAUGGAAAGGGGUGACGUCGCGCAUGCUGUGGGUUCUACUACGCCAGUAUCUGGGCACUGGGCUCCGAUGCCUGCGGCUGCGUGGCUUGCUGCUCUCUGCUAGAGGUGGGGCCUUUCUCUCAGAGUCCUGGCUCAAAGCUUUGUCCUCCAGGUGCCCCCGUCUGCGCAGUCUUUCCCUGCUGCAUGCAGACCUGAGAGGCUUGCACAGUUGCCAGCUCCUGCCCACAACACUGCAGGUCCUAGAAUUGCGUGGCUGCGAGCUGCCACAGGGCUUUUUCACCCAGACCCCACUCAGUCCUGAGAAACAAGCUGGAAUGGCAUCAACAGCUGCUACUCAGCAACAGGGACGUAGUCAAACUGGGAAAGUGCCUGCCUCCUUGUCAGGGAUCGCCAUUGAGACGAUGGUCCUUGAUAACGUGCCCUCCUUCACAGACCAGCACCUGCAGAGUCUGGCGUCUUGGUUGAGACUUAGCCGUCUAGAGCUCCGCAACGUCCUUCGUGUCACAGCAGAAGGCCUUAGGCGCAGUGCCGCUCAAGAAACUGACUCGGGCUUAAACGGGCUCUCCAGGCUCAAGUACCUGGAGAUAGGGCACUUUGGCCGGCCGGGCGCCCAGCUGCAGAUGGCCUCCCUGGGGCUCGGAGUGGGCUGGCUGGGCCUAGAGGAACUAAGCCUCGGCGGUAAGGAGGUGGGGCCAGGCCUGCUGUCCGCCAGCCGUCUGAGGGACCUGAAGCGCCUGCGCCUGAGAUGCUGCAAGUUGAGAGAGAUGCAGGUGCUACGGAGCUGCAGGACACUGCGGGACCUGCGCAGGUUGGAGUUCUGCGAGGUGUUCUUCCAGGUUUGCCCAAAGACACCAGAGAGAGAGGGAGAGGUGGAGAGGCAGGGUGAGGAGGGGAGGGAGGGUGGCACAGAUAGUGGUGAUGGGAGUGAUGAUAAACUGGAUGAGAAUGACCCCGUGCCAAGUCUGCGCCGCUCACUUGCUGCUCUGCUGCCACAAUGUGCACUAGUGUUCACCAACUGCACCGUUACAAUAACCUCAGACUAGAUUACAUACUGGAUCUGUUACACAUCUGGUUCCCUUAUUCUACUGUGGUAAAACAUUCCUCUCUAUUCAGCCUGUUGCAAACUCACGCUUCACCUUUUCAUUGACAUAUGUGAAAGAGAAAAAAAAAGGUGCCCAUUAGCAACAAUUAUAAUUUAAACUUGCAUACAGCUGUGCAAUUCAACAAACAAGGGACAGUUAACAGGUCUAAGUGUGUGGAAGGAGGUGGUUAAACCUCAAACUCAAAAGCUUGCUACCAAUGUUGUAAAAUACACCAGAGAAGCAUCGCAGCUACCAAUAAACGAUAACUUCAAUCAUGUACUGUAAUGGCCCUGCUACACUACAGCCAUUGGGGAUCCAGCAUUGCCAUCAGCCAUGGAGGUAAU